AUGGCCCCCGUUCGAUCCCCCACGCCGAUAGCGGCAGCUGCUUGCCUCCUCGCCAGCGUCGCAAGCGCCGGCUCCCUGAAGGACAUUGACCAUGUCGUUCUCUUCAUGCAGGAAAACCGCGCCUUUGAUCACUACUUUGGCUCCAUGGCUGGUGUCCGAGGCUUCAAAGAUGCCAACCUGCAAAUGAACGGAAAUGUCCCUGUCUGGAAGCAAAAGACCAGUCCGGCGUUGACCACCGAAACCGACUACGUCAACCCUUGGUACCUCAACUAUCUCGGAGGGAGCUGGCCUGAGGCGACGCAAUGUAUGUCUGCCGGCAGCAACGGCUGGUACGAGAACCACGCCGCCUGGAACUUUGGCUCGAAUGACCACUGGGCCAUGAACAACACGCCCUGGAGCAUCGGCUUCUACAAGAAGCAGGACAUCCCUACGCAGUGGGCCUUGGCUGAGAACUGGGUCAUCGGAGACAUGUAUCAGGAGUCUGUUGUCGCCUCCACCAACCCGAACCGUGUGUCCUGGAUUUCCGGUUCCAUCAAUGCUCCAGGCUCGCCGCAGAAGCCAGACGAAGGAGGCAACCCCUAUAUCGACAACAAUGAGACCCCUGGCUGUGAGCGGGGAGGCAUUAACUGCUAUCCUCUCAAGUGGAAGACCGCUGCUGAGUACUAUGAGGAUGCCGGCGUGUCGUGGCAGGUCUUCCAGGACGCCGAUAACUUCGACGACAACCCGUUCGCGUGGUUUAAGCAGUUCCAAGACGCCCCGAAAGGCUCGUCCCUAUACACGAGAGGCAUGCAAGGGCUGCCACUAAACACGUUUUAUGAGCAAGCCGCCAGUGGCACCCUUCCGGAGGUGUCUUAUAUCGUCGGCCCGAUGCAGCUGUCAGAGCAUACGCCGUACUCGCCUCAUGACGGCGCCUGGCUGCAGGACAAAAUCGCCCGUGCUGUUCUCGACUCUCCCAAGUAUAACAAGACUGUGCUGAUGAUCUCCUACGACGAGACGGGUGGUUGGUGGGAUCACCUCGACCCGUAUCGGUCUCCGGACGGGACGCCCGGCGAAUGGAUUGACGACCCUUGGGGACAGGUUGGACACACCUUCAUCGGCCCGGGCUUCCGUCUCCCGUUCUACAUCAUUUCGCCCUGGACUAGGAACGGCGGCGUGUAUACGGAGCACAUCGACCACAACUCCCAGAUUAUGUUCAUCGAAAAGUGGCAGGCAGCCAAGGGCCGGAACGUCACUACGGACGAGAUGGUGCACUGGCGGCGGGAGCACAUGGCCGACCUCGUUGGCGCCUUCGACUUUGCCAACCCCGACUACUCCAUCCCGAACCUGCCCUUUGCCCCCGAGCCUCAUCGCAAUGCCAACGGCGACUACGACGGAUCGUCCUACUGCCAGUCCAGGAACCCCAAGACGCGCCCGCCCGUGCCCUACACUGGCGACGGCGUGAUCAAGGAUAUCGCCAGCGUCGUUGAGCCUGGCUUCAAGUCCGUGCGCGGCAAGAUCACGGAAGGGCGCUACCUGGUGUUCGAGAUGGACGGAUACGCGUUGACCAACCCGGGCCGCUGCCGCCCUGACGGCGGUGCGACCGUCACCAAGGUCUCCAAGGGCCACGCGCGCGACCUGCAGCGGUGGAUCGUGCAUGCCGUGCAGAUCGGUGGCGACGACUUUACCCUUGAGAGCGCCGUCGAUAACCGGUUCAUCUGUGCCGGUGGAAAGAUGUGCAAGGACAAGCAGGAUGCCAUCGUGUUCACCCUCGGCUUCGAGCCGAGCAAGGGUCACACCAUCAAGUCCAAGGCGUCGUCCAAGUACGUGUCGGUUGCAGACAAGAAGUUGACGCUCGAGGGGUCUCUGAGCCACUGGGCGACGUUCAGCGUCAGCUACUAG